AGUGCGCCGCGGGUCCGCCGAGCGGGAAGUGGGGUGGUUUAACGCAGUAACUGUCGGGAGCGGCGGUUCCGGGUCGGUGCAUUGGGGAUGACCUAAUUGCACACCUGUUACGUGACGUCACUGCAGGUGUGGUCGGCGUUCCGGACUGAGGACAGUUGGCGACCUUAAAACUUAUGGAAGAAGAAUCAGUGUCAGAUUUUGCAGUUCGGGAAUGACCUUAGACAAUAUCAGUCGUGCAGCUGUGGAUCGAAUAAUCCGGGUGGAUCAUGCAGGUGAAUAUGGAGCGAACCGCAUCUACGCAGGGCAGAUGGCCGUCCUGGGUCGAUCGAGCAUCGGGCCAGUCAUUCAGAAAAUGUGGGAUCAAGAAAAGGACCAUUUGAAAAAGUUCAAUGAGUUGAUGGUCGCAUUCAGGGUGCGGCCAACCAUUCUGAUGCCCUUUUGGAAUGUGAUGGGCUUUGCACUGGGUGCGGGAACUGCCCUGCUUGGGAAGGAGGGCGCAAUGGCCUGCACAGUUGCCGUGGAAGAGUCCAUAGCACACCACUACAACAACCAGAUCAGGAUGCUGAUGGAGAAGGAGCCUGAAAAAUAUGAAGAGCUUCUUCAGGUGAUAAGGAAAUUUCGGGAUGAAGAGCUUGAGCACCAUGACAUAGGCCUCGAACAUGACGCAGAACUGGCUCCAGCGUACGCUGUUCUGAAGAGAGUUAUCCAGGCUGGAUGCAGCGUGGCAAUAUAUUUAUCAGAAAGACUGUAAAGUAUGUCCACUUUUCCUUGUGUAUAAACGAUGAUAGUAAUUUAACAAGUGACAAUGGCAGAAAAGGAAACGUACAGUUACCGUUCUGUGAAUUUGUUAAUAAACUGAGAGAGGUUUUUUUGUUAAUAAAAUUCUCCAGUGUU